UCUGGCGGGAGAUGUCGGCUUUUUCCCUCAGUCACCUUCUGAGCGGUGUGGCAUCUCCAUCGCAGUGCCAUAUCGAGUGCCAGUUCAUCGAGUGCCGUUUCGACAGUGCCAGUUCACCGAGUGCCGUUUCGACAGUGCCAGUUCAUCGAGUGCCGUGCGUGGCUGUGCCAGUUCAUCGAGUGCCGUUUCGACAGUGCCGUGCGUAUGGCGAUUACAUAAGGGGGCGCCACUGCUAUUAGAGUUACGUGAUUGUGAAUAAGAUUGUUUUUCGGUCCAGUGAGAGAAAUCAAAACCACGAUAGAUUUCAGAAAGAGAAAAAAAAAUAGACAAUGAAAUGACGAAUAAAUCCUAAUGAAAGAAAAAAAAAUUGAAUACAUCAUUUAUUGAAUAGACGGCAAAGAGGUGAUGACGAUUAAAUAAAUGAUUCAGUAAAUCGACAGCAGCAACAUGGAAAAAACAAGACUUUGCGAACAAAGUGAUAACAAAAUGGAAGACGAAGGAGAGAAACAGAUGAAAAUCAACAAGAAUUCUGUCAUUGUUGUUUCUCUUAACCAUUCGUGCCUCAACAGAAAGAUGCUGAAGCGGAAAGUGGACAUGAAAGGCUUCAGAGAGGAGGUGGAGAGGCUGAGGCGAAGCAGACUAAUCGUGAUCUUAAUCGUCUAUUUCGCUCUCGUCCUGGACAACAUGUUAUUGACAGUGGUGGUGCCCAUCAUCCCCGACUACCUGUACCGCCAGGAGAUGCAGACACCUUCCCUCCUCACAGCAGACGGCCCCGCUACGCCCAUCCCUCCUCCGUCCGCCCCUCCGAUCACCACGCCCGCGAUGAGGAGCGAUGGGCGGCUACAUUCAGGGGCACGAGAGGCCCUUCAGAACCCAGCUCCUGAAGGAGGAAGAGCGAGAAAGAAUCGCGAGGGACUUCCUGCACUUGCCUCUGAUCCCGAGUUCGUAGGGGACGCGUCUGAGGUGUUUCCCUUCGCCCUCCUGCAGGAGAGAAGAGCUGAGGCCGAGGUCGGGAGAAAGGGGUUUCGUCAGGUCGCGAGAGGCCAUGCUUUAUCGAGAGGAGGAUUCCUGGACAAGCAGACACACGGAGCGCCACUCAAACCGGAACGGAAGGACAAGUACAUGCCAGCUACCACUCACAACCGUCGCAACUCAACAAUCGAAUCCUCCAACCACGAUCCUAGUAACCACAACCACACGCUACCUCCCCCGACGUCCCCCGAUGACCAUAAACCACUCAAGGAAGCCUUACCUGACGACCCCCUCGAGGCAAGAGCCACAAGAACCUCCCAAGCACGACCCUCGGGGAAAACACAGGCCCCGCAAGACGCCCCAGCCACAGAACCGAAGACAAACACCACGACGGACGCGAAAGAAGCCAACAUCAACGACACCCAAGCCCUAGCCAGCGCCGAAGCCACGCCGCAUGACAUCAUCAACGAAAACGAACGCGUCGGCCUCCUGUUCUCGUCGAAGGCUUUCGUGCAGCUGCUGGUGAAUCCGCUCGUGGGUCCUCUCACGGCGCGCGUCGGCUACUCGCUGCCGCUGGUCGCCGGGACGCACGUGCUCAUCCUCUCGGCGCUCAUAAGAAAUCGUUUUCACUGGAAUAUUGGGAAAGAAUUCGGAAACAAACAGCACUGUAAACAAACUUUACUUCUGGAACGAGCAGGGAGCACUGUGACAAAAGAACUGCCCACUUCGCCGGUAGAUGGCUCUGCAUGCACAAGUAUAGAAGUAACAAGGCCAUAUUAUGAAACGUCUUCUUGGGCCGGACUGACCCCAGAACCACGUCCUCCGCACUUUCCUGCAUUAUUGAAACCAUUUGAGGAUGUGGAGCGGAAAUUAAUAGUGACGGGCUUAUGCUUAUUCUGUGACACGAAACUCAGAGGAAAUAACAGUAUCCCUUUCGACAACAGAAAAAAAAAAAUAUUAACAAAAAUUAAAAAUAAAGAUAAUGAAAAAAGGUUGUUAGACACUGAAACUCCCAUAAAUAAAAACAACAUGUUGCAUACUGCAGUGUUCGCCUACGCUGAGAGCUUCUCCAUAAUGUUCCUGGCGCGGAGUCUGCAAGGCAUCGCCUCCUCGUGCAUCGCAAUAGCAGGCCUGGGCAUCGUGGCCGAGUGCUACCCUGACGACGGCGAGCGUGGGCGUGUCCAGGGGCUGGUGAUGGGCGGCAUCGCGUUGGGCGUCCUGGCAGGCUAUCCUGCGGGCGGCCUUCUCUACGAUUUCACCAACUCCAAGACGCCGCCCUUCCUCCUCGUGGGCGGGCUCGCCGUGGUGCUGGCAGUGGCUGUAAACCUAAGCCUGUGUGAGCCCGGAUUCCCGCCUCUCUCCUCCCAGCGCCUAGUGGCAGCGACGCCCAUGAAGCAGCUCCUGUGUGACCCGUAUAUAGUGGUGACCGCGGGCGCCAUCAUGGUCGCCACCUCCGCCAUGGCUGUGCUGGAGCCGUGUCUGCCCAUCUGGCUGACGGACACGCUCCACCCCGAGACAUGGCAGCUGGGCACGGCCUUCAUCCCCGACAGCGUGGGCUACCUGCUGGGGACGAGCUGCACGGCGGGGCCAGCCUUCCGCGCCGGCCGGUGGCGAGUCGCCAUGGCCGCGCUCGCGCUCGUCGCUCUCGCCGCCGCCACGGUCCCCGAGGCCCGCUCCAUGCUGGCGCUGUCCGGCCCCCACCUGAUGCUGGGCCUCGGCGUGGGCACGGUGGACGCCACGCUCAUGCCCCUCCUGGCCUCCCUCGUCGACAGCAGGCACGCGGCCGACUACGGCGCUGUCUAUGCCAUCGCGGAGGCGGCCGUGGCGCUGGCCUACGGGCUGGGUCCUCUCGUGGGCGGGGCGAUCGUGCAGAGCAUCGGCUUCCCUUGGCUCAUGCGCUCAGUCGCCAUCGUGAACCUGUGCUACUGCCCGCUGCUGCUCCUCCUCGCCUCCUUCGAACACGACCCGGGCGAGGCACAGGCGAUCCUGAUGGCGGCGCCCGACCCCGCGGACUACAGAGGCCACACCACCUGUCCUGUCCAGCCGCACGAGUCCUCCCUCAGGUACCAGAAGCUCUUCGACGAGGAGGAUUAGGAUGAGGCGAGGGGGG